CAACUACCAGAACCUUCCGGAGAGAUUUUGCAAACUCCUCCCUAAAACCAUUUGCUUUACCUAUACGUCGUCGUUUUUGUCAUUCAUUCUCGGUUCUUCUUCCGAGUAGAACCUCCAUUUCUUGGAUCUCCAUUCUUGUUAACCCUGCAAAUUUAUUAUUGUUGACUGGAGGAGCUAUAUUCUUGGUGAAUAGGGAAGAUGGAGAAUGGAGGAGAGAAGCAGAAGGAAGGAGCAUCUUACACGUACUGGGUGCGAGAAGCGACAGCCGACGCGGCUCCUCUGCCGGUUCCUCGCAAGCUCACGCCUGAAGAUAUUGUCUGCAACCAGACGCAGCAAGCAACCUUGGGCUCCGUCUGGAAUAAGGCUGGAACCUGGGAGGAGAAAAACCUAAAUAAGUGGGCAAGUGAUAGAAUAAAGGAGCUGCUUGUAUCUGUUGGCUCUUUGGAGUUCUCGGAUGGCAAGGCAGAAAUUUCAGAUGUAACCAAAUGUGUUGGUGAUGCAUUCUUGGUGACCGUACGAAGCAAGAAACGAGUUGGCUAUACUUAUGAGCUGACAUUGAAAAUCAAAGGGGAAUGGAUUAUUGGAGACGAGAAUAAGGUCGUGAAGAGCCACAUUGAUAUACUAGAAUUCUCUUUUGGUGAGCUGGAUGACCUGCAGAUGGAAGUGCGAAUUAGCGAAGAGAAGGAGCUUUUGCAGGAAGAUAAGGCGCGGAUCAACAAGGAUCUGAAGCUCUUUCUACAGCCCGUUCGUGAAAAAUUGUACCAGUUUGAGCAAGAACUCAAAGAUAGAUAGGCGGCUGACGAACACAAUGAUCUUUUAACACAAUUUUUAGAAUGUAACUGUACGUUAUAUGCGAAAAUCUCUUGGUAAACACCAUUCCACAACAGCCUUUCCCAAUACAUGUAAUGGAAAUAAGGUUUCUGUUCAAGGCAGUGAAGCUUUUGCAGUAAUGCUUAGUAUUUGCUGCUGUGAUGAGAUUAUAUGACUGUAAGGACUGGUUUAAGUUUUGUUGGUCAUAGUUGAUUGAUCUAAUGUGAAACUCUUCUUUAUUUCUGGAUUA